UCAGACCAAUUCUUCAUAGAAAUUCUUGUCUGUCUGUCUGUCUGUCUGACUGAGUUACUCUUAUCACCUCAGUCGAACUUCAAUGAGAUCUUCAAUCUGUCACUUCUCGAUCGUUUUGGUUCCGCAGAAGUUGUCGUUGCAUACAUAAUCGAUAGGUUUGAAGAGGAUUUGAGAAAAGAAAAAAAGGGUUUUUUUUUAUUAAUCUUUUAAAAAUGUCUGGGCAACACAAUGCCGAGAGAGAUGACAAACCCAUGCUAUGGGAUACUCAAUCUACGUCAUACACAUCUAGGGAUGUCGAAUUGCCAGAGUUCACCGUCAGGACCCGAAGUGCAUCAAUGUCCAGGACACCUUAUUCAGUUGAUUCAUUUGUUAAUGAAAACCACCCUGUCUUUCAUACUGGUCCUUUGGGAGGUGGAAGAAGAGCUCCUCCAAUUGUACAUAUGAGUGGUCCUCUUAACCCUUAUCAGAAGCCCGAUAGUGUUUUCUUGCCAAUGAAAAACUUGACUGGCCCCACGACACCCAACAUCUUGGCAUUAGACUAUUCUUCAUUCAAAUACACAGAUGAAAAAGAUUCUCCCGUUCACAGUCAUUCCACCACAAAUGAACAUUUAAUGAAGUCUGGGCAGUUAGGGAUGUGUAAUGAUCCUUACUGCACAACAUGCCCAACUUAUAAGAAAGCUGCACAGCGGGGAAACUCAAAGCCUCAUUCCGACCUAAGGUUCCAGCGUUUUGCUCAGAGAGAUAUCAAAGGCUGGGCAAGGAGAUUCUAUAACUUUCUUUAUUCAUAUAUUCCUGGCAUCAUGAAUCCUCAUGCUAAAGUUGUUCAACAGUGGAACAAGUUUUUUGUCAUAUCUUGCUUGGUGGCAAUUUUUGUAGAUCCGUUGUUUUUCUUGUUGCUGUCAGUGCGAGAGGAGUUUAAAUGUAUAGUUCUUGAUUGGCGUAUGGCAAUAACAAUUGCAGUUGUGAGGAGCGUAACUGACUUAAUUUAUGCAAUGCACAUGAUUCUUCAGUUUAGGCUGGCUUAUGUUGCUCCGGAGUCUAGAGUUGUGGGUGCUGGAGAUUUGGUGGAUCAGCCAAAGAAAAUUGCUCUCAAUUACGUUUAUGGCUACUUCUUUAUUGAUUUAUUUGUUGUGUUACCUCUUCCUCAGAUCAUGAUCUUGGUUGUUUUACCACGAUAUGUAGGAUCAUCUGCUGCAAAUUAUGCAAAAAAUCUUUUACGAGCGACAGUUCUUCUCCAGUAUAUACCCAGGAUUUUCAGGUGUUUGCCGUUACUUGCUGGUCGCUCUCCAAGCGGCUUCAUAUUUGAGACUGCAUGGGCCAACUUUGUUAUUAACCUUCUCAUGUUUGUACUAGCUGGGCAUGUUGUUGGAUCGUGUUGGUACCUUUUCGGCUUACAGAGGGUAAAUCAGUGUCUUCGAGAUGCUUGUGUUGGUUUUGAAAAUGACGAUUGCAAAAAGUUCAUAGAUUGUGGAAAUGGAGAUAACAUAAGCUCCUUUAAGAAAUAUCCAAGCUGGGAAAGCUGGCAUAAAGACAUAAAUGCUACUGACUGCCUUGACAAAGAUAGUGAACGUUUUAAUUAUGGGAUCUAUGGGCAAGCUGUUAGAAUCACUACCGUUCGUAGUAACAUUGUUAGAUAUGUUUACUCCUUGUUCUGGGGUUUCCAGCAAAUCAGCACUCUGGCGGGAAAUCUUGUUCCUAGUGACUUUGUAUGGGAAGUUCUCUUCACUAUGGCCAUCAUUGGACUUGGCUUGUUUCUUUUUGCACUGCUGAUUGGAAAUAUGCAGAAUUUUCUCAUAGCGCUUGGUCGAAGGAGAUUAGAUAUGCAACUUAGGCGCCGUGAUGUUGAGCAAUGGAUGAAUCACCGCAGACUGCCUGAAGGGGUAAAAAGGCGAGUCAGGCAAUCAGAACGAUUUAGCUGGGCUGCAACUCAAGGUAUAAAUGAAGAAGUUCUGCUGGGGAAUCUGUCAGAGGACCUACAAAUUGAUGUACGCCGUCAUCUUUUCAAGUUUGUCAAGAAAGUCCGGAUCUUCGCUUUAAUGGAUGACCCAAUCUUUGAUGCCAUCUGUGAAAAGUUAAAACAGAAGAUAUAUGUAGCAGAAAGCAGAAUUCUUUACUAUGGAGGUCCAGUUGAUAAGUUGGUUUUUAUUGUAAGGGGGAAACUGGAGAGUGUUGGAGCAGAUGGGAAUAAAGCCGAACUGUCAGAAGGGAAUGUCUUUGGUGAAGAGCUUCUUGCAUUGUGUCUUGAGCAAGCUUCAGUUAACAGAGAUGGCAAGAAAAUGAAGACCCCAGGGCACCGGGUAAUUUCCAACAGGAUGGUUACCUGCUUAACUAAUGUUGAAGCCUUUUCUCUCAAGGUUGAUGAUCUCGAGGAAGUCACGGCCUUUUAUGCAGCAUUCCUGCGGAAGCCAAUUGUUCAAGCAGCUAUAAGGUAUGAAUCACCCUUUUGGAGAGGACUUGCAGCAACACGCAUCCAAGUAGCAUGGAGAUACCGAAAGAAGCGUCUGAGCCGUGCCAACAAAUCUAUAUCACAGUGAAAUCUAUCAGGCUUCUAGGUCAAAGUUAGCUCACAAUUUAGCAACUUCGCAUUGCAUAUGCUCCCGAGAGGAUACGCUGUAUAUUUUAUUUUUAUUUAUGGAGGUCAACCACAGAGAGGUGUUAAUGACUAAGCCAGCCUUUGCAAAGAACAACCCCCUUCCCCUGUUGGUACCCUAGACCGGGUUAUAUUGCACCAAAUUACUCCUCCAUGGACUAGGUAUGGUUUGCCAAACUCAGUCAAACGCCUCUUAUGUCUCCUCUCUGCUCUCAGGUCAACAACAUCUCUCUGUCACGACUUAAUCUUGUUAUAGUCUUAAGGACAAGGAGAAUAUAUAAUGAAUAGAGUGUCAUAUCUAGCUUGGCUUCUAUUCUUCUUCCUAUACAUCUUAUAA